AUGGAAGCCGUACGGGUGCCCUCCAUCAUCGCUGACAAGCUCCGGCCGCACGCAAGAGCAACACUGGCCAACGUCAAGAAGUUCGUCGAGGAAGAAUGUAUCCCUGCAGACGAGGUUUUCGAGGCUCAACUGGCUCUCCAUCCGGAUCAAAGAUGGAAUUCCAUGCCUCCUAUCCUCGAAGAUCUCAAGAAGCGCGCUCGAGAGUUAGGGCUGUGGAAUUUGUUUCUGCAUUCCCACUUCCAAGAGGGACCCGGCUUUACGAAUGUCGAAUAUACACUCAUGUGCGAGACCAUGGGACGUAGUCACGUCGCACCCGAGGCGAUGAACUGCAGUGCUCCUGAUACAGGGAACAUGGAGUUACUCGCAAAAUACGGAACCGAAGCGCAGAAAGAAAAGUGGCUGCAACCUCUUCUGGAUGGGAAGAUCAGGUCAGCCUAUGUCAUGACAGAAAUCGAUGUUGCUGCUUCCGACGCAAAAAAUCUCGCCUUGGAGAUGCGUCGAGAGGGAGACGAAUACAUCUUGAAUGGCGUUAAAUGGUGGAUCAGCAGCGCCGGAGACCAGCGAUGCCGGCUCUAUAUCAUUUUCGCGAGAUCGAACCCGAACGACCCGAACCCAACAAAACGACAUAGUAUCAUUUUAGUCGACUCCAAAACUCCCGGUAUUGAGGUCAUACGUCCUCUGCGCGUGUUUGGCUUUGACGACGCACCCACCGGCCACUGUGAGGUCCACUUCAAUCAGGUCCGCGUGCCCGCAUCCAACAUCAUCUUGGGCGAGGGGCGGGGAUUCGAGAUCAUGCAAGGACGCAUGGGCCCCGGCCGCAUCCACCACUGCAUGCGAGCCAUAGGCUGUGCAGAACGAGGCCUGGACUAUCUGAUCGCCCGAGCAAACAAACGUAUGGUGCACGAAGCUCCACUGGCCAACAAAGGUGUCGUUGCCGAUUGGAUUGCACGAUCGCGUAUCGAGAUCGACGCUGCGCGACUCCUCGUUCUCAACGCCGCAGACAAGAUCGAUGCUGGGAACGCAAAGGACGCCAUGUCCGAGAUUGCCAUGGCCAAGAUCUACGUCCCCAACGUGGCGUUGGCGGUGCUGGACCGAGCGAUCCAAACCCACGGCGCGGCUGGUCUCUGCCAAGAUUUUCCUCUUGCCCGGAUCUGGACCUAUCUGAGGACGGUUCGGAUUGCUGAUGGUCCCGAUGAGGCCCAUGCCGCUCAGCUUGCUAGGACUGAGAACAAGCGCCAUCACAACAUAAUCGAUGUUAUCGCAAUGCAAGAGGCCACAACUCGCGCGUUGAUGGAAAAGUACAAGAUCAAUCCCCGGCCACGCUUGUAA